AUGCGCUCAUCACUCUCUCUGAGCCUUUUGCUUACCGCUGGCCUGGCGUCAGCUACCAAGUACAGCCUUGUCAAGGACUACUCGGGUAACAACUUCUACAACCAAUUCGACUUCUUCACUGGCGCCGAUCCCACCCAGGGCUUCGUCAACUACGUCUCGCACGACCACGCUGUUGAGUACGGUCUCAUCUGGAACAAGAGCAUCCCUACCUGGGGCGUCGACUCCUACACCCACCUCAACGCUGAUGGCUCCAAUGGUGGUCGCACUUCUGUGCGCAUGACCAGCAAGGACACCUUCACCCACGGUCUCUUCAUCGCCGACAUUCAGCACAUGCCUCAGAGCUCUUGUGGUGUCUGGCCUGCCUUCUGGACUUUUGGUCAGACUGGCAACUGGCCUCAGUCUGGCGAGAUCGACAUCAUCGAAUUCGCCAACCUUGCCAACCAGAACAAGGUCUCUGGUCACACCAUGCCUGGCUGCUCCAUCUCUGGCACUUCGCAGAGUGGCAGAGUCCAAGGCACUGACUGCUCGAUCGGUGGUGGUGUCUAUGCCAUGGAGUGGACCUCUCAGCACAUCAAUGUCUGGUUCUUCCCUCGCAACAACAUCCCUUCGUCGGUCAAGUCCGGCAAGCCCGACGUCAGCAAGUUCGGACAGCCCAUGGCCAACUUCCGCGGCUGCGAUCUCGACAACUACUUCUACAACCACGCCAUUGUCUUCGACACCACCUUCUGCGGUACCUGGGCUGGCGAGACCUUCAACAACGAUGGCUGCUCUGCUUCCUCGUGUGUCGAAUAUGUCGCUGGCAACCCUUCUGCAUUCAAGGAUGCUUACUGGGCUGUCAACUACCUCAAGGUGUACCAGCAGAGCGGCUCUUCCAAGGCCAAGCGCGACUUCCUCCGUCGCCACGCCAGACAGACCCACCUCAACCACGUCCUGGUUUGA